AUGUUCAUCAAAUCCAUCCAUUUGGAUGGAUUCAAGUCGUAUCAAAAAAGCACCGAAAUCGAGGGAUUUUCAAAUAAGUUCAAUGCAAUCACAGGUUUGUUCGAUUUUUGUUCGAUCUGCUUGUUGCUUUGUUUUUCUUUUCUAAUUCAAUUAACUAUUGUAUUGCUGAAGCAUGAAACUUUCGAAAAUUCAUUUCAAAUCGGCACAGCUGUAUUUUUGAGAGUGCUUCUGCUGAAGUUUUACUGUGCUUGCGAAACCUAAGCAAUUACGAAAGAAGAAUCCAGUACUAUUUAAAAUAUCUGUGCUUCUAGGCUACAAUGGCAGUGGAAAAUCAAAUGUUCUUGAUUCGAUCUGCUUCAUCCUGGGAAUCAACAAAUUGGACAACAUCAGAGCCAGUAUGUAUGUGCAGUCCGUAUUAGUUUUCAAAUGCAUUUUCAGAAUCGAUGGCUGAAUUGAUUUCUCACGGAGGAACCAAAGCAACUGUUCAGAUUCGAUUUGACAAUGAAAUUAGUGAAUUCUCGCCGUUCGGAAUGCAGCAUCUCAAGGAGAUUGUUGUUCAGAGAACGAUCAUUGCCCAGGCCAGCGGAAAGGGCUGCGCCACGAACUACACUCUCAACGGACACGCCUGCACUAACGCCAAGGUAACGAACGGAAUCGGUACGAGUUUCGCAAAAAGUUUUCAGAUUCAUGACUUUUUCCGUUCAAUCGGUCUCAACGUCAAUAAUCCUCACUUUCUGAUUAUGCAAGGCCGCAUCACCACUGUGCUAACAUGAAGCCAGAAGAGAUUCUUGGAAUGAUUGAAGAAGCCGCCGGAACUAAAAUGUUUGACCAGAAAAAGAAAGAUGCCGAGAAGACGAUGUUUGUGAAGGAGGCGAAGAUCAAAGAGAUCGACAAGAUCUUCGCAGUCAGUAUCGAUCCAAGAAUGGAAAAGUUCCGCGAGGAUCGGAAGAACAUGGUGGAAGUGACGAGACUGACCAAGAACAGAGAUAGCGCGCUGAGGAAGUUGGAUGCGUUCCAGUUCUUCCAGAUUCUUGAACAAAUCAAAAGAGACAGGGAGCAAGUCGAAGUUGUGAAGGUUCAAGUUGUGGAAUUGGAGAAGAGGAUCUUAGAGAUCGGAGAGGAUCUGGAGAAGAAGGAAGAAGAAAAGAAACAGGUGGAGGAGAAUCGCAAUAACAAGGACUUGGACGACGAGUUGCAUGCAGAGCUCAAGCAGAAACAAGAAGUGAAGUUCGCGGCCGAGGGUCAGAAGGCGGAGAUCACCGACGAAAUCUCGAGACUGACAAAGGAAGUGGACAUUGGAAACAGAGCUCUUGUCAAGGAUAGAGUUAUUAUCGAUAAGGAACGAGAGAAACUGGAGUCCGGUCGUGCCCAAGGCCAAGAGGCGAUCAACGAGUUCAAGGAACAGGAGGAGCUCGGCAACAAGUAUCGUGAUGAACUCGAGUCGCUGGCCAGAGGAACCGUUGCCAACGACCAAGGCCAGCAUGUUUCGAUCGAGCACGAGGUGCAGGAGUGCAGAACGAAGGUUUCCACGCUCGAAGCUUCUAUCAAGACAGCCAAGAAUCGGUAUUUUCUAUGUCUUUGUACCGAUUUAUACGUUUGUUUCGUUUCAGCAAGGAACGCACACUUCAACGUACCAAAGAACUGCAACGCGAGCACGACAACCUAGCUUCCCGCAGCAAGAGUGAGAUCAGCUCGUUGGGAUCACUUCAAACUGAUGUAUGCUCAUUAGGCUCGACCUUUCCUAAUCAAAACAGAUUUCAGGUCAACAAGUUGUCGGAAAAAAUAAACAACCUCCACUUUGACCAGAAAAAGUACGAAACUGACUCGAAUCUGAUCAGUGCUGUACAAAGAGAACUCGACAGUAUCGAGGCAAACAGAAAAACAUUGACUGAGAACAACUUGUUAGUUUCAAAUUCUCACCUUUGUUUCUCCAAUUUUAUGAUUUCCAGCAAUGCCCGCUUCCAGUUGAAUUAUACUGAACCGCCGGUUCCGAAUUUCGACAGAAGAUACGAUAUUUUGGGAUGCAUCGCUCACAUGUGCAAACUGAAACCCGGAGCCGAACCGUUUUCUAUGGCCGUAGAAAUCGCUGUCGCCCCAUUGGUUAGUUAUCUUUAUUUUCGUGUCAGCUAUCUAUGCGACACAGUUAAUCGAACAGCGAUAAGUAAUAUUAUACGGGGAAGGGAAGGGUUAAAUAAUUAUAAGUCGCGAGGUGACGGUGUGAUGUAUCCGGACUGUGGCUCGCGGAAGAAGACGUAUUCGGUGUAG